GGCGCUCGUGUCGGUGUCCGCUUCGGCAUCGAGCCGCGCAGAGGCGGAGGCUGGCGUCACUACAGAAAGCAGGUCGCUGGCGGAUGGGGCCAAGGACCUUGUGCAGCAGGAGCGCCUCAGCGUGACGAGCCUCCAGCAGUCGUUCGAGGCCGCCGCGGCACGCGGCAGGGCACAGCAGGCGCAGCUCCUGCAGGACCAGAAGAAGCUCAAUGCAACGCACGAUGCUCUUCUGGUGCGCAGGGGGCGCCUGGAGAAGCUCGGCGCCCGCCUGCAGGCGGCGCACGACCACAUGCGUGCCCGUGCCCAAAGGCUCGGCGCAUUCCUGCAGCAGCUCGCGGGCAUCGCGAAUCCUGGGCCAGGAGCUGCGCAGGGGCCCGCGGCCGCCGCGGGCCAACAAGGCUCCAAGGCAACCGCGCCCGCUUCGUCAUCGCAGGCAGCGGCAGCGCGACCUGCCAGCACGGCCGUGAGUCUUCCGAAGGCCGCAGCCCCCGCGCGCUCAUCGCCGCGGCCGCAGCCGCAGGCACCGGCGGUGGCAGCGACGCCACGGGCCAUGCCCCGGCGCGUGCGGGACGCAGCCGCUGCGGCGCCGGCUGCGGCGCUGCCGCAGCAGGCGCCUCGCCGCGCCCAGGCGGCUCUGCAGGAGGCCGAGCAGCCACGCCGUGCCUCCGCGUUGCAGGUCGGCUUGCAGCCGAGGCCAGCGGCGGCCGUCGCAGCGCCAGUGGCACGCAAGCCAGCGCCGCCGAAGGACGCAGACUACAGCUCGAAGCUGGACUCCGUCCUCGACAUGCUCAAGCGCUGAAGCCGCGCCUGUCUUGCCACCCUGCGGCGAUCCCAGGCGGAGCGCAAGCAAGGGAUGCCGCCCGCCACGCUUCGGGGGAUCUCUUUGAGGUCCCCUCGGGUCCCAUCGGCGUCACCCCAGCUUACUUACACUAUAUGUGCGUCGCCCCCCAGGGGCGAUGCGCGCACUGUACUACAAGAU